AUACAGUCGCGCGCGGCUCUGUCAUUGAUCUGUGUGCUGUUCAGCAGUAACUAUGAAGGGAACAUGAGGUGUCCUCUAACAACAGAGCAUCAGAAAGAGCAGAUUUUACCGAGGAACUUGAUGCACACCAGGUGCUCACAAGAAAGCUGUGCUUUUAACACAUGAUCUGAGCAGGAAUGGUGGGAUAUGAUCCUAGCGCCCCCGGUUCGGCUCUAUCCCCGGAGGAAGCUGCCCUGGCCGGGUCAGCGGCCGGCAUGGUCACCCGUGCCCUCAUCAGCCCUCUGGAUGUCAUCAAAAUCAGGUUUCAGUUGCAGAUCGAGCAGGUGUCCUGGAGGAAUCGUCAGGGGAAGUACUGGGGUUUAUGGCAGGCCACGCGCUGCAUUCUGACCGAAGAAGGUCUUCCUGCGUUCUGGAAAGGGCACGUUCCUGCCCAGCUGCUGUCUGUGUGUUACGGGGCAGUUCAGUUUGCGAGUUUCGAGGCCUUGACAGAGCUGGUCCAUAGGAAAACCCCCUAUAACAGCCAGACCCCAGGAGUCCAUUUCCUCUGUGGCGGUUUGGCCGCCUGCUCCGCCACCUUCACCUGCCAGCCGCUGGAUACCCUGCGCACACGCUUCGCUGCCCAGGGCGAACCCAAGAUCUAUCGUAACCUCAGGCAUGCCGUCGGCACCAUGUUCUGCUCAGAGGGGCCCUUCGCCUUCUACAGGGGCCUCACACCCACGCUUGUGGCCGUGUUUCCAUACGCAGGCCUGCAGUUUUUCUUUUAUAAUAUCCUGAAGAAACUUCUGGCGCACCAGGACUCCAAAUCUAGAGGAGGUUUGCACAGUCUGGUCAGUGGCAGUUGUGCUGGAGUCGUCAGUAAAACUCUCACGUAUCCUUUCGACCUGAUUAAAAAGAGACUUCAAGUGGGUGGAUUUGAACAGGCCAGGAUGAAGUUUGGACAGGUGCGCACAUAUCAUGGGUUUGUAGACUGUGUUGUGAGGAUCGGCAGAGAGGAAGGGCUCCGGGGUUAUUUUAAGGGACUCUCCCCGAGUCUCCUGAAGGCCGCUGUAUCCACAGGCUUCACUUUCUUCUGGUACGAGUUCUUCAUCAAUGCCAUUGUGAGCCUCAAGAGCAGUUAGUGA